GAGACGAGAGAAGUAGCUGAAACACUCGGUUUGCGGACAAACAGUUGUUUUCAGUGUUGCUCACACCGUGCUACCAUGUCACAAUGUUUAGCCUCUCUUUGACGGUGAAAAGGCGUAUUCAGGAUGGCGGUUUCCGCGGCACGGUCGUUUUCAGGACGGCGACACUGAAAACUUAACGUCAGGUAGCGAAGUUUGAGUGAAUAGCUGGAGUGUUUUCCCGGACUUUCCCUGUUGUCGCUAUAGAAACUAACAGCGCCAUGGCAUACACCGCUUCAAUUACGAUGUGGACAUUUGCUUUUAGCUUAUACAUCGGCGUGUCCAAGUGUUACUUCUCUGUACCAUUAAAGAUAUACACAGGCAAGUACAAUUUAUCCUCGGACGUGGGUUUGACUCCUGUCCAGCGAGUCGUGUUGACGUCUGAUGGAAACGGCCUCUCUCUGGCCUCUGACCCAACCGGAACCGUCAACUUUCUGGACAUGGUUAAUAACUUGGAGGGGGACUCUGGACGAGGCUACUACAUAGAAAUGUCAAUCGGUACUCCUGGUCAAAAGCUGAACAUCCUGGUGGAUACAGGCAGCAGUAACUUUGCCGUGGCUGCAGCGGCACACCCAUUCAUUACUCACUACUUCAACACUGCACUCUCCAGCACCUACCAGUCAGCUGGCCGGACUGUGGCUGUCCGGUACACCCAAGGCAACUGGGAAGGUGAGCUGGGCAUUGACCGUGUCUCCUUCCCCAAAGGCCCAAAUGGGACCAUUAUCAUCAACAUAGCUGCCAUCCUGUCAUCUGACGGCUUCUUCCUUCCUGGGGUCAACUGGCAGGGCAUCCUGGGACUGGCGUAUCCCAUGCUGGCACGGCCCGACUCGUCCGUGGAGCCCUUCUUCAACUCGUUGGUGCAACAGCUGGGAAUUCCUGACAUCUUUUCCCUCCAGAUGUGUGGUGCUGGACUGUCAGCCAGCAGCGCAGCAGACCCAGUGGGAGGCAGUCUUAUCAUGGGAGGGGCUGAACCAACUCUGUAUCAGGGGUCAGUGUGGUACACGCCUAUAGUAGAGGAGUGGUACUACCAAGUGGAGGUUUUGAAGCUGGAAGUUGGUGACCAGAAUCUGGACCUGGACUGCAGAGAGUAUAACAUGGAUAAAGCUAUAGUUGACAGUGGGACGACACUGCUGCGUCUUCCUGUCAACGUCUUCAAUGCGGUGGUAGAAGCCAUCACACGCAGCUCUCUGAUUCAGGAUUUUUCUUCGGGGUUCUGGGAUGGAACCAAGCUUGCAUGCUGGAUGAAAGGAGAGACCCCCUGGAGGUUUUUCCCCAAGCUGUCCAUCUACCUAAGGGCCACAAACACCAGCCAGUCCUUCCGCAUCACCAUCCUGCCUCAGCUGUACAUCCAGCCAAUCACAGAUGUCGACGGCACAUUGGACUGCUUCCGUUUCGGAGUGUCUUCGUCAGCUAAUGGCUUGGUGAUCGGCGCUACCGUUAUGGAAGGCUUCUACGUGGUGUUUGACCGCGCCCAGCGGAGACUGGGGUUCGCACUCAGCAGUUGUGCAGUGAGCGGCGGGGUGGCUCUGUCAGAGAUCGCAGGGCCCUUCUCAGCAGCGGACGUGGCGACCAACUGCUCCGGCGGGGUACUGAAGGAGCCUCUCCUGUGGGUGAUCUCCUACGCCCUGAUGGCUGUCUGCGCCUUGGUCCUCAUCAUCCUGUUGCUCCUGCUCGUCCUGCCUUGCAGACGCAGAGACCGCUCCGGUGAGAUAACCGACGAAUCCUCGCUGGUCCGCCACCGCAUCAAGUGACUGAGAGGAAAUGGACGGGCGGACAGGGUGAGCGGGCAGGGGGACAGCGGGCGGAGGCCAUCCACAGCGGUGGAGAAAGGGGUGAGGCCCAGCUCGCCCCGGACAGUGACACUCGGCUCUGAAUGUCUGACUGACUCUAGACUGCACUCAGCAGGUUGCCCCAUGGACGUAGACACAGACAGAUCAACUGCCUCUUGAAGGGAAAAUCCACCCUAAAAACACUUCUUCAAACAUCCGUCGGUGAUGUAUUUAUGGGUCCAAUGUCGAGUUUGAUGGUGUGUCUGUCUUACGUAUUCUCUUGCCUCUUGUUCUCUGGGCUGUCAAAAGAUAUUCUGGGAAAUGUAGGAUGUCACCGUCGCAAACAGAAGAGUGAACCAAAGUAUGAAACACAUCACAAAGUAGCUCCUGACAUGCAAGCAACGAUGUUUAACACUAUGAACAUGGCAAAGGGUUGAAAUUCUUCCUUACGGACAGUCACAGGGCAGCGUGUGGCGAGGACAUUGAACUGCACACGCUCAACAACCAUUGAUUCAUUCUUGAGCAAUUUAGAAGUUACUGAUUUCAUUCCAGGCACACUGUGUGUUAUUGAUUUCUAAGGGCAUACGGCGUCCUAAAAAUGUGCCUUUACAGUUUAUAAUCUGCUUCCAACAGAUGUUUUGUAAAGAUCUAAUUUAACUGCAAUCGGUGAAGGAAUAUUUCUAGGGCCUUCUCAUAUUUUGAAGUUGACCUCCAGUCUGUGGACUGAAAUAUAUGCCUGAGUGUUGAAGUUAAGGGGACAAGCUGCUCAAAAUAUCACUGUUAAUAGGAAGAAUAUUGCUAGAGGUUACACAUAUGUUUACAGUGCCUGUAGUGCCUUUAAGUCUCAGCUCACUGCGAAUACAAAUUCAUGUACAGUAUCAGCAGUUUGAGGCUUACUCUGCUCAAUUGCACUUUGUUUCAGUAAAUCACAAGUGUAAUAUAAAGCUAAAGAUCAAUAUUUCUCAAUCCGUUGUAUUCAUGUAGUUUUACUAAUUUUGUAUAUGUACAACUUUAUACCUAAAUCUCUUGUAGUAUUAUUCCAGAUCUUUGCUUUUUAGACACUAGAUGAAUGGUACAUGUGUACACUGCAUCUUUUAUACAAACGCUAAAUUAGAAGCCAAAGGAUUUUUGAAACUGACGCACUGGAAACACAUGCAUUCAUUUAUCUUUCUAGCAAAGCUGACUGACCUGUUAGCAAUAAAGAGACAGCCUCUUUUCACUAUUGACAGCAUCAUAUGUAAAGUAUUGUGUGAUUUGACUCAAGUUGCACCUACGUGGCACCGUCUGCCACGUUUUCAAAUCGUCAAAUUGAAGGUAUGCUCCAGCGUUUGAAUGUUCACGUAUUUAUAAGUGUAUUUUUCUGUGCCAAAAUUGUACUUGUGCUAUAAACGAAAGAACUUGUGACCAAAUCAAAAGUGUAAAUUAUUUUAAAUGAAUAAAUAUUUCUUUUUGUGAAAGGUU